UUUUUCGGAUUAAAAAUGAGGAAGAUAUCUUCGUUUUUUUUGUCUGAAAAAGGCAAAAAUUCUGUUGAUGUUACUCCUUUUCUCUUCUUCAUUUAUCAUAGAAUGUCAGAUGUUUGCACUAUAUUUGCAAAGGAUCCUGUUUGGGUUCAGACAACUAGAAGUGGAUUCAGGCAACAGCUGUUUGUUAUGUACCAUUCCACGAGGGAGGUAGAAAAUGUUGCUAGGAUUCUAGAUGAAGGAUUCAAUCUAUCGGGAUCUGAUAAAGUGCUUGGGAACGGACUGUAUGUGUCCCGAGACCUGAAUAAGUCAGCUCCCUACGGUCCUGUAACAUUCAAACUACUAGUUUAUCCAGGAAAAACCAAAACAAUUCAAAGAAGUGAUGACCCUCUGAAAACUAGCUGGCACAAAGAAUUUAGCGCUGCCUGGAUACCCCCUCAUAAUUCUGUAACCCCUGCAGGACUGGAGGAGACCUGUGUAAAGUCUGCCGCCCAAGUGAGAAUUCUUGGUGUGGUGAGAGGUUGGGAGUAUUUAGAGCCAUAUACAAAGGGCAGAUUAAAGAAUGAUGCCGGCACAAGUGACCGGCUUGAUCUCCAGGAUAAUAAAGUUCUAGAAGAUAUGAUUGAACAAUUGGGUAUUGUUUACAGCUCUCUGGUAAACCUGGACCAGAAUAAAUUUUUAGAGGCCAGAGGUGGUCAGGUGUAUUUGACCGAGUGGAAUGGAUCUGCAGAGCAGCAGUGGAGUAGAACCUGGGAUAACUGCUUAGAACAGAAAGCUUCAGGAUUGGUCUUGACCUUGGACGGUGGCUCCUUGAUCCUAGACGAGGUCAAUCCACAGACAGACAGCCGGCAAAAAUGGCGUCUAGACGGAAAAGGAAGAUUUGUUCACAAGUCCAGCAACAUGGUUUUAACUGGAAAUAUCCCGCUAGAUCCUGCUGGUACUUUCGUCAGUUUGAAGUUAGAUAGACUACAGGCUCUCCAGGGCUGCGAUAAAUGGAGAUUCCGCUGCUUGUUCGAGAUCAGAGAAAAGGAUGAUUUUGUUGAGUACACACCCUGGCAAAGUUUACUGUCAUGGACCUAAUAGUACAGGAAUAGUACUUACAUGGACCUAAUAGUGCUAGAAUAAUACUUCAGUCUUCCAUGGUCCUAAUAGUACAAGAAUAGUAGUUUUAUGUUAUUGUACUUUCAUCGACCUUAAAUCUUGUUAACGCUUAAACUUUAAGUGUAAGAUAUCUCAUUUCCGUCCUGCCCUUUUUUGUCCAAUUUUUAUGAAACUUAUAAUGGAGCAUAUUUUGCAUUUAUUUUCCCAUUUUCAUUUACCAGUUUUUUACUGCCUCAUUUCAUGCUGUUCAAUAAGAAAUUAAAAGUUCUUAUUUGAUUUUUUUACAUUUUUGUGUCGAGUGCUUUUAGUCGAAAAUUAAAAUCAUGGUUACCUAGAAUAAGGUUUCGACGGACAAAUUUUACGAGAAAAUUUCUGGUGUUUAUGUCACUGACCGAAUACUUUUAUUUGGUCAAACUUUGUACUUUUUUUGUAAUUUUUAAAGAUAUAUUUUUUUCAG